AUGAAAUUUUAUGGGCGGGUGGCAACUGAGCCUGGGCAACAUGAACCUGAGACUCUGGAGGCAAUAAGAGAGAAUGCCAGAGGAUUGGCAGGAAUCUCAGGUGAGAGGAUCUGGGUGGAGCUGAAGAAGAUGCUGGUUGGAGACCAUGCUGAUCACCUGCUGGAUCUUGUCUAUGAGUUGGGCCUUGCCCAGUACACAGGUCUUCCAGCAGAUGGCAAUGUUGAGGAGAUGAAGCAGAUCUGGCAGAAGGCUCAUGACUGCUCUCCUAAACCCAUGACUAUCCUGACUGCUCUGUUCCGAAGCCAGGAUGAUGUGGAGAAACUGGAUCUGCGACUGAAACUAUCCAGAGAGGAGAAAAACUUAAGCCUCUUCCUGGUCAAAUACAGACGAGAUCUCGUAAAGGAACAGGACGAACAUGACAGCAUGAAACCAUACACAGAUUUCAUCAUUGAUUCCAGAGAGCCGGACUCCCAGAGUAAAGUCCUGGAGCUGCUGAAAUAUCAGGGAGAAAAGAAACUCUUAGAUGAGCUGAGCAGGUGGUCCAUCCCGCGCUUCCCAGUGAGUGGGCAUGACUUACGCAAACUGGGUUUUACCUCGGGUAAAGAGAUUGGCACCAUCCUUCAGGAGCUAAGGGACAUGUGGAAGAAGAGCCACUAUCAGAUGAGCAAAGAGGAACUCCUGGCCACCCUCAGCACAUCCUGAUGCCAGAUAAGCAAACAUACUAGUGUCAAAAGUGCUUAUUGCAUGCAUGUACAAUAAUACAUUAUGAGUCUGUGUAUAGAAGGUGCACCUCCAUAGUGUCAGUGGGUAGUGUGAGAAGGAACCAUCAGGGCAAUGGUAUAAAUCAUUUGGACCUAUGCCUUUGCAGAUACAGUGCAACCAAAGGUUUAGGUAUAUCUGUGGUUGCUAUCUUGGGAUUUUGUCUUGGCUAUGGUUUAUUGAGAUGGUUUUCAGGGUGCAGAAAAUGUCUUGGAGCAUCAAAGUGCACAUUUUCAGAUUUAGAAUGCUUAACAUAUGGUCGUUGAACCAUGGGCAUCAUAAACACUCUCUAAAAAGUUUUCUUUUAUUAAUUAUUCAUGAAUUUCCCUAUCUUUUUUUUUUAAAUAAAUGGGGAUUUAGUUUGACAUAAUAUCAUAUUCAUUAAUUAAUAUAAUGGUUUUGAACAAGGAUGCAUCUAAAUUAAAUGACGCAAUGAUGCAAAGUUCAUUUUGUUUAUUUGAUGUGGGAUUUUGCCCUUUCAGAAGAGUGGUGUAAUUAUUAUAGUGAAGGGAGUAAUUUAGCUCUCUUUAAGAGAAGACAUCUUGACGCUGUAGCCAUGGUUUCAUUAUGAGGAAAAUGAUGUUGCUUUUGUCAACAGUUCAUAGUUAUUAGAAGCCAGGUUAUGCAACCAUCUCUCCAGGUGUUUACUUUGAAAUAAAGUAACCCACAUCACGUCGUACAGUGUUGUGCUGUCUUGCUUUAAAGUCCAUGUAUGUUCAGAGAUUACAUAAGGAUUAUUUUUGAUAUGUUUGUGAAUUACUUAAUAUGAUAAGCGUUUCACAUUGAUAUGUUAGGGGUAAGUUGUGUCAUAAUUUUUUGCAUUGAUUGUUUUUAUACAGUCCCA